CACUCUGACAGCUCUCAAUAUACUGGGUUUGUUACUGAACAAGGAUCCUACCAAUUCCGCGCUCUGCCCUUUGGUCUGAAAACGGCCACAGCUGCCUUCCAGAAGUUCUCACAGGGCAUCCUCGCAGGUAUGAACAACGUCUUAGUCUACGUCGAUGAUCUCUUAAUCUUUUCCAUGGGUAAUCCUCGUUCACACCUACAGCAGGUGCGUCUCCUACUGGAGCGCCUCCGCCACCACCAGGUCUUCGUUAAACGGAGCAAGUGUGUGUUUCUUCAGACGCAGAUCAGUUUUCUCGGAUAUACUUUGAAUGCGCAUGGGAUUGCACCCGAGGCUAGCAAAGUUGCUGCCAUCGAAGAUUUUCCGCCUCCUGCAUCUGUGAAACAACUUCGCCAAUUUUUAGGCCUCGCCAAUUUUUAUCGGCGUUUCAUCAAGAAUUUUGCCAACUAUGCUGCACCUCUCUCAGAUCUGCUGAAAACCAGUCAACGUCGCUUCGUGUGGACUCGGUCUGCUGAGACUGCUUUUGCCGCGCUCAAGACAGCUCUUACGCAGGCUCCAGUCUUGGCUCACUUCCGUUCUGAUCGGCUGACCAUCCUGUACACAGACGCUAGCGACCUGGCCAUUGGAGCCGCGCUUCAUCAGAUCGAUGAAAACAACGAGGAACAUCCCGUUGCAUUUUAUGGCAAGAAACUCUCCUCCGCCGAACGCAAUUACUCCACCUAUGAGCGUGAGCUUCUUGCUCUCAAGGAAAGUCUCCGUCAUUUUUCCUACUACUUGAUUGGUCGUCGCUUUCGUGUAUGUACCGAUCACCACAGCUUGAUCAGAUUGAACACCCAGUCUGAACUCUCUCCCCGCCUGGCUCGUUGGUUGUCUACCUUCCUUCAGUACGACAUGGAGAUCCACCACAUCCCUGGCGAAACUAACGUCGUUGCUGAUGCCCUCAGUCGGAUCUCAGGCGACUCGCCUGCUCCAUCGUUCGCUCCCCAAUCACCCGCUGAUCUGACUCAGGCUCAUGAUCGCGCUAUGCGCGCUGAAGACAUUGCUCGGGAUCUUCUUGUUGACGGCGAAUUGCUCGGCCAACCGGGUUGUCGUCAUUUUGAAUUUUCGGAUGACUUGCUCUACUAUGUUGAUUCUACCGGCAGGACGAGGAUCUGUGUUCCUACCGCUAUCCGCGCGGCUGUACUACGCCUUGCACACGAUGAUGCCGGACAUGUUGGUUCUGACAAGACCUACCUCUCACUUGUUGCCAAAGUCUACUGGAAUAACAUGAAGCGUGAUGUCGAAAAUUACGUGCAUUCCUGCCUCAUUUGCCAGGCUGCGAAGAACUACAAACAGAAACCCAUCGGUUUGCCCAAGAGUCAUGACGUUCCUGCUGACAAAUUUGACGUCAUCUCCGUCGAUCUCCUCAGCGGACUUCCGACUACCUCCCAAGGUCAUGAUUCUCUCUUCGUCAUGUUGGACUCGUUCUCGCAACAUGUCACGCUGGCUCCAACUCACAAGUCUGCUACGACCCAGGAACUUGUGGAUUUAUUUCUCCAAUACUUCUAUCGCACUCGUGGUCUUCCUGCUGCAAUCCUUUCGGAUAAUGGGCCAAAUGUCUCCUCGCAUUUUUGGGAUACAGUAUUUCAGACGCUAGGUGUUCAGGUACGCCACUCUUCCAAGUACUAUCCCCAGGCCAAUGGUCGCGUUGAACGGAUCAAUGCCACCAUUCUGGAUAUGCUCCGCACUAAACUCGCUCAGGGUUCAUCUGAAUGGACAGUCCAUCUUCCAUUCAUUGAGUUUGCCCUCAAUCAUGCCCCCCGUCGUGAAACAGGGUUAUCUGCCUUUCAAGUGGAAUACGGCAAGAAUCCGCGCUCAGUUAUGGAUUUG